AAAAAAAAAAAAAAAAAAAAAAGAGAAAAGAAAUCAAUAGAAGGGGAAGCCCUCCCUCUUCUCUCUCUCUUUUUUCUUUAAUUUAUAAAAUGUCAUGUCAAACCCCACUUUGAUCGCUCUCUUCUCUGCGUUUUCAACCAAAUUUCUGUUUAACACUCUCAUCAUUUUCAUGUUUCCUCUCUUUCACAAGAGCUAGGGCUUUUCCUUUUUCAUUUUUGCCCCAUACUUUGACGAGCAACAUACACGCGCGCAUAGAAAGCUUCAAAGGUGGUAUGUACGGGGAGGUGAAUUCAUUUGUGAUUAGGGUGCUUAUAUGUGCGACUUUGAGUCCCAAAUCUGGUUUUCGUUGUCGUUUUACUUCUCGUUUUUAUUUUAGAGAUCGAAUGGUGGUUUAGCAGAAAAUGUUCUAUUUUUAGGCUUCGAAAUGGAGUGCUCAUUGUAAUCUUAUUGGGGUACAUUGUGGGGGGAUUGAAGCUGGUUUUAGUGUAGCCCUGGUGGGGGAUUGGGUAAGGAUGACUGAUUUUCAACCGCUGCAACAGAAGCCUGAAUCUACCGAUGCCUGCUCCGAGUUUGAGCGCGGGUUAGAGGAAUUUGUGCGUGGGCACUUGGAUGAUUGUAUGUCAUUCGCUUCGUGUAGCUCUACGCGCACUCCGGAUGAUGAGGACAAUGAGGGUGAUCAGCUAGUUCGGAGGCGGAGGAGGUCUGAUUUGGAGGGUGAUGAUUUGGCGGAGUCAUCUGCUGCACGGUGUCGCCAUUCUCGUAUUUUGAGUAGGUGGGCUGCUCGGCAGGCACAGGAGAUGAUAACAACAAUUGAGAGGAGAAAUCGCGAGUCUGAGUUGAUGGCUCUCGCCGGUUUGCACACGGUUUCAAUGCUUGACUCAUCUUUUCUGAGGGAGUCUCAGUCCCCAACCUCAAGGCGGCAAGGGGCUGUGGAGAGGCCAAACACUCAGGCAUCUGCGAUCUUGCAAAGGUGGCGGGAGUUGGAGGAUGAGCAUUUGCUGAAUAGGAGGUUGAGGCAGCAAAGAGGUGUUGAGUCGAACACCAAUGUGUCAACUACAAACAUGUCUGAUAGUCAGGAGAGUGAGAACCAAGGGAGUUUGGGGGAUACAAUUGAGAGUGAAAAUGAAUUUGGGAGCUGGGCUCAUGAUCAGAUGGGUUUGCAGAAUGAACGUGUGGAUAAUAACAGGUCUAGUAGGGAGCAAUCUCCAGAUCUUGGCGAAGUUGAGAGGGAGAGAGUGAGGCACAUUGUUCGGGGCUGGAUGGAGAGUGGCGUUAGUGAUCAUUCUUCAAAUGUUGCUCAAAGAAACAAUAGUCCCAGAGCAGAAUGGCUCGGUGAAACAGAGCGUGAAAGGGUGAGAAAUGUUAGGGAGUGGGUGCAAAUGACAAGUCAGCAGAGAGGAGCUCGUGGGAGCCGUAGGGAAGAUCAACCUACUGGACAUGGUAACCAGGUGGAUCAAAUUCGUAAUGGGUUGGUUGGUGACAAUGAUGAAGGCCAACCUGAGCAUAUUCGCAGGGACAUGUUGAGGUUACGUGGAAGACAAGCUCUGAUUGAUUUGCUUAUGAGGAUUGAGAGAGAAAGACAGAGGGAACUUCAGGGUUUAUUGGAGCAUCGGGCUGUCUCUGAUUUUGCUCAUAGAAACCGCAUUCAGUCAUUACUCAGAGGUAGAUUCUUGAGAAAUGAAAGACCUAUUGAGGACGAGAGACCACCUUCUAUGGCAGCGAGUGAGUUAGUUCAGUUAAGACAAAGACAUACUGUUUCUGGUUUAAGGGAUGGGUUCCGCUCCAGGUUGGAAAGCAUUGUUCGUGGCCAAGUAGGCAGCCAUUCAGAUACACCAUCUAACAAUAACAUCAACGAUCCUAGAAAUGAUUGGACUCAAACAAAUGCUUCACUGAAUAUCCAACUUGAAAAUCAUGAGCAAUCCCAAUUUAGGCGUCUGGAUAGUGAUGUCAAUCAGUUGCCCGAUCAAACAAGGAACUUGGAAACCAACAGAGCUGUUGACAAUAUAGUUUGGCAAGGAACUGCUAAUCAAGGAGGGGAUUGGCAAGAACAAAUAACUGAAGAUGAGAGAGGUAACUGGCAACAGACAGCCUUUGGUCAAUUUAAUGGGUGGAGAGAUGGCAAUGUUGAAGAUAUGGAUGCAAAUUGGCAAGACAAUUCGAUCAGUGAUUGGCCCCAAGAAACUUUGAGGAACAUAAAUGGGGAAGAGGGCCAUUCCCAAGGAACCCGGGGGGUUUGGCAUGAGGAUGGUUCUCGGGAGGCUGUUGAAAAUUGGCAAGAGGGGCCUUCUGCUCCUCCAAGAAUUCGUCGUGUUAUUCCUGUUAGAAGAUUCAAUAGAUUUCAUCCACCUGAUGAUGAUAAUGUGUACAGCAUGGAACUCAGGGAACUUCUGAGCAGGAGAAGCGUUUCUAAUCUACUUCGUAGUGGUUUCCGUGAAAGUCUGGAUCAAUUAAUACAGUCAUAUGUAGAAAGGCAGGGUCGUGCUCCCAUUGACUGGGAUUUGCAUAGAAACUUGCCUACACCAACUCCUGCUUCACCUGACCAGGAUCAGGAUCGACAGAGGGAUGAGCAUAAUGAUCAACAUGAUGCCAUUAACAGACCUUCACUUGUGUUACCAUCUCCACCGGCGCCCCCUCCACAGCCACUUUGGCACCAGCGCUUGCAGCACACUGGCUGGUCUAGGCAUAGCAUGCAUCGCUCAGAAAUUGAAUGGGAGAUGAUUAAUGAUCUGAGAGCAGAUAUGGCAAGACUUCAGCAAGGAAUGAGCCACAUGCAGAGGAUGUUGGAGGCCUGCAUGGAUAUGCAACUAGAGUUGCAGCGCUCUGUGAGACAGGAAGUCUCUGCAGCUCUGAAUCGAUCGGCUGGUGAAAAAGGCUUUGGCGCCGAGACGUCAGAAGAUGGGUCAAAAUGGGGCCACGUGAGGAAAGGGACUUGCUGUGUUUGUUGUGAUAGCCACAUUGAUUCACUCUUGUACAGAUGCGGGCACAUGUGCACUUGUUCAAAAUGUGCAAAUGAGUUAGUUCGUGGUGGAGGAAAAUGCCCAUUGUGUAGAGCGCCAAUCAUCGAGGUGAUCCGAGCUUAUUCCAUACUGUAAAAAGGUGAAGUGUUAACAAAGAAAAAAGAAGAAAGAAAUAAAAUUAUGUUUAGAGUGGGCGGUAGAGAUCUGGAGGAGGAAAUAUGGGGGUGGAUCACUUGCAUCAAAUGGAAGCUCCCGAGGGUCCUGUGUGUAGAGAAGUAGAGUAUUCAGUAGUUGCCAAUGUUUUUCUGAUUAUAUACUGAACAUCUUGCAUUGUAUAAUUGGAAUAACAAAUGGCACUGUUGAUUCAUCCAUUCUUCCGUAAAUAAAAUAUCUAUCAUUCGUUUAUUA